AUGGCUGUACCUGAUUCAGUUCAAAGGCACAAAAAUGACUUGUCUGUUAUCUGGAGCCAUAUGGCAAGUCACAGCCAGAAGACGGCCCAGUGUAGUAACUUGCCGGCGCUCAAGGACAAAGCCACGUUCAGCUCGAGUGCCAAGAUUGUGAAGCCAAAUGGCGAGAAACCAGACGAGUUCGAGUCGGGCAUCUCUCAGGUGCUGCUCGAGCUGGAGAUGAACUCAGACCUCAAGGCUCAGCUGCAGGAGCUCAACAUCACCACGGCCAAGGAAAUUAAAGUUGGUGGUGGUCAGAAAGCUAUCAUAAUUUUUGUUCCAGUUCCUCAACUGAAAUCUUUCCAGAAGAUCCAAGUUCGGCUACUGCAUGAAUUAGAGAAAAAGUUCAGUGGGAAACAGGUAGUUUUCAUUGCUCAGAGGAGAAUUCUGCCUAAACCAACAAGAAAAAGCCACACGAAAAAUAAGCUAAAGUGUCCCAGAAGCUGUACUCUGACUGCUGUGCAUGAGGCUAUCUUUGAGGACUUGGUUCCCAAGUGAAAUUGUGGCAAGAGGAUCCGCGUGAAACUGGAUGGCAGCUGGCUCAUAAAGGUUCAUUUAGACAAAGCCCAGCAGAACGUGGAGCACAGGUUGAAUGAAACCUUUUCUGGUGUCUAUAACAAGCUCACAGGCAAAGAUGUUAAUUUUGAAUUUUCAGUUGUAAACAGAUGA